UUUACGGUAUUCUCCAUCUUACCAACGCCAAAGUCACCGACAAGAAUGGACACCUUGCAGAGCCAUUGGGCCCCGCAUCUCCGUGAGAAUGGUACUGGGGACGCGUCGUUCGUCUCACAGCGAAUCAAAGCUUCCACGGCUCGAAUCUUCCCUUUCCUCGAUCUUCCGCGUGAACUGCGAGAUCAGAUCUACCUCCACCUCGUUCCCGGUUCUCUUUCCUUCACCAUGCCGAACCAACACAGAGAAGGAGAAUACGGGUACCCAAACGUCAGGGGUUUUUACAAAUAUCCCUUCAGUUAUUACCUCGCUUCGGAUCCUGUCCUGUUCCUCAAUCACCAGAUCCGACAUGAAAUGCUCGACAGCAUAUACGCAAAUACAGAAUUCCGCUUUGAUUGGCGCAGACGAGCAAACUUCAUCUUGAGAGUCGUGCAAUCGAUUCCUGAUUCCGCGAAAGCAAAGAUCAGGCGCCUGUCGUGGUGCAGCCAUUCACUACACACUGGGGGUGAUCGUAGGAGCUACAACGGCUGGGACAAAGUGAUGGAAUACAUCGCGACACACUUCACCAGCCUGAACAGUGUCUACUGCAGCUUUCCCUCCGGUGAAAACGGCUCGCAUCGUUACCACAACUGGCAGGUGCCGCGGUUAGCGGUCACACUGCUGAUGAAGGGCAAAAUUCAGGAGUUCAUCUGGGCCUGGUCUCAAAUGGUCAGAUGGGGUCCGGGAUUUCGUGCCGACGUUUUGGUACCGAUGGCAACAAGGCUUUUCACCAUACCUUACGAUGAAGAGAAGGACUGGGACAAGGGAUUCGAGUUUCGCCGGUUACUGGAAAGCGAGGAGCAGUUGGACACGAGUGAUCGGUUGGAUAGAUGGGCACUUGAGUGUCUCAGGCGACCUCAACACCAAUUCACCGCGACGGUAGACGCACGAGGACUUGUGUUGACGAGAAAGUAAGUGCGGAUUGAUCGCUCUGAGUUCAGAUGCACCUAGACGUUCAAAGUACCUCGCCGUCAGCAAUUGUCACCGUUCGUUUGUUCCCGGUACAGCUAUCCAAUUUGGUAACGCUCCAACUAUACAUUUCGCAUAGUUAGUUUCUAUUAAUCAAUUGUUUCUUCUUCGC